AUGGCGUCGAAAUUUGAAGAAGGUCUCCAUUGGGCACAAGUUAUUUUCACCCAUGACAGCAAACCUCCCGUCCUUAUUGAUAGAGAGCAGAUCACACUGGGCAGGAAAGAAGAUUGUGAUAUCAGCUUUCCUGGCUGCAAAUUUGUAUCUGGUCAUCACUGUACUAUUACAAGAGAUCCAGAUGGCACAGUUUGGCUUCAAGACUUUAGUACCAAUGGAUCAUUGUUGAAUGGGAAGAAAAUUGACAAAGAGAAGAAAAUACAGAUGAAUCACAAUAACCAAGUACAAAUAGUUCAUCGAAAGGAUCACCCUGGAAGUGAUAUAGCAUUUGUUUUUCAAGAUUUAAAGGUUUUGAAAGAAGAAGCAGAAUUACUAGAUAACACUUUGGAGUAUGACAACGAUACAGAGGAAGAUGUUUGUGAGGACGAAGAUGUCAAACCAAGUGAGGCAGCGUUUGUUUCUCAAAAAAGGUCUCAUAGUGAGGCUGGAGAUACAGAUGAAGGACCUGUGUCAAAAAGGAAGCAUCAAGAAAGUGAAGAGGGAGCUUCCAGUAGCAAAAAACCUGAGCUUCUUCCUCAUAACUCCAUUGCUGAUACUCUGCUUUGUAGUAUAUGCCAAAACAUCUUUCAUGAUUGUGUGAGUUUACAGCCAUGUAUCCAUUCAUUCUGUGCUGCUUGUUAUUCACAAUGGAUGGAUCGCUCCAAUGAAUGUCCAACUUGUCGUAAAAAGGUUGAAAGAAUCAGCAAAAACCACAUUAUUAACAACUUGGUAGCAGUGUUUUCAAAAGUAACCGGCGCCCGACGCAAGUCACCGGCUACUUCGAGCGUUAGCGCCGGAAAACGGUCCCAGUCACCGGAUGAAAAGGCAGAAAUCACAGCCGCUUUUAACCCAGUUUGGGUUCAAACAGCAAAGAAAGGAGAUUGCAG